UAAAAGGUUUUAGUAAUGGCGCUGCCCAGAGAAAAAUCAAAACAGGAAUUGAAGCUUUGAAGAAACUGCAUUUACCACUUGUACAUGACAUUUUGUAAAAACAUUUUAAGAGCUAAAUUAUUUUAACAUAAUUAUGCUACUUCGGCGCUGUUUGAAAUGUUCGUCUUAUUGGGUUGUUCGACAAUCCAGUAAGAGAGUUUCAUUAUAUUGUUCUGCGUCACGUGUAGUGGUAAACAAACAGUUUUGCAAAGUCCCUUACUGUCAGUUUCCAUAUACAUUACAACACAAGUCAUGGUUUUCAACUUCUCCUGUACAUAUGAAGAAAAGGAAACCAAAAGGCUGGAAAGGUAUCAUUGAAGAUGGUGAAAUUCCUUUACGUAAAAAUUAUGCAUGUGAAAGUGGAAAAGAUGCUGUUCCACAUUCUGUUUUAGUAUCUAAACUUCAAAGCUGUUCAUCUGUUUCUGAACAAAUUGAAACAUUUUCAGCUGUAUUAAACUUAACUAAUGAAGAUAAAGAAAAAAGAAAAGAUUUUUGCAGAUGGUUAGAAGAUGUAUUCAAAGUUUAUCUUGAUCAUAAACUUUAUCAGUUUGGUUCAAGUGUUACUGGAAUGGGAUUCAAAGGCUGUGAUUUAGAUGUGUGUCUUCUAACAAAUUUUAACGAUGAGGAAUCUGGGAUAUUAGCUGAUGUUCCAACUGUUGAAGAUGUGGAAUCGGGUCUUGUUUCCCGUGAAAUCAUUGCUCACCUGAAUCCUCUACACAUGACCAAGUUUCUGAAAAGCGUUCUUGAAAAACAUCCUGAUAUUACAGACGUUGUACGAAUAAAUGGUCGUUGUCCUAUACUUAAGUUCUACAGUUCUCGUCAUGAUAUAUUCUGUGAUUUAUCUUUUAAAAAUCAAUUUUCUUUACAGAAUACAGCAUUGAUUAAGUUUCUUGGUAAACUGGAUGAGAGGUUUCUUAUUAUAACAAGGAUAGUUCGUUACUGGGCGAAGUAUUGUGGUCUUGUGGAUGGCUUGGACAAAUUUAGCAGCUAUGCCCUUUCCAUGCUUGUUUUACAUUUUCUUCAAACAAGAGACCCACCAAUUUUACUUCCUGCUAAUGAAAUAAUUUCUAAGUCAGAAUAUGUGCAAUCUGGUUCAAUUGAAGAUACUCAAUUACUCACUGCAGAUCUGAAGAAAUUUUCUCCAUCAAAUAAUUCUAAAUCUGUAGAAAAACUUCUACGAGAAUUUUUCUUCUAUUACCUGGAUUUUGACUUUAAUCAAGUAAUAGUACCUGCAACAGGCUGUUCAGUGCCAGUGUCCAGCUUUAUGGCUCAGAAGGAUUUUGAUAAAAAGUUUGAGUUCAACACUGUGACGAUCCAAGAUCCCUUCAGACCCGAUGUCAACAUCACAGUUGCCACUCAGUAUCCAAUUUGCAAAAAAUUUCGUUUUUGUCUACAUUUAACCUGCGAAGCUUUUCAAAGUGAAGCUUUCAAAAGUGAAUCUUUUUUGACUCCGAGAUCUGAAAACUUAGGACUGUGUUCUAUAUUUCUGAAGCCUUCAUUUAUUUCUAAAAGGUUUGCAGAAUUGCAAGAAAAUACUGUACAGACAAUAGAAGUUCCACCCAUCCCUAAUGCAGCAUCCAAGGUUAAAAAAAUUCUCGAAUAUGGUUUACUGUUUCAUUGCAUGUCAUUUAGCAUUAAUUCAAACAAUUCUUCAGAUUCUAACACACUUUUGAAACUUCGUUGUAGAACAUAUAAUAAAACUUGGCAUGGUAGAGAGUUAGCGAGUGAAAAAAUACAUGUUAAAGACAAUCUUUCUCCUUUGGAAAAAGAACAUCUAAUAUCAAAAGAAAUAGCUGCAAGAAGUGAUAUAAAGAAUAAAGAAGUGUUAUGUGAAUUUGACUGUGAAUGCAAAGAAUCUGUAAAAGAUAAUGAAACAAAGCUAACUCUGCAUUUAAAUUUCAAGAAGGCAAGUCCUCUUAGUAUAUUUUUGAAAGAGUAUAUACCUUGUACUUUAAAAAUGUUGUAAAUAAA